ACUUUUACGAAAAACAAAAAAGUUGAUGAUGAAAUAUGCACUGUAGCACACUCAACGCUGCCAUCACUUCGCUGCCGUCCAGAUAACAUCAACCAAACAAAAAACAUUCUUAAUUUUUCACGAACCCAGUUGAUGAUUUUAGUCCCGCAAACCAAUCAUUGUUUAGUGACUCAGUUCCAGAAUGGAAAUCAGUUCUACUGAGAAUUCUUACGCCACCACUAACUGGUUGUUCGACUAUGAGUUGAUGGAUGAUAUCUCUGCCGUCUCCGAAGCAGCAGGCUUCCCCAGUCUUCCUCUGCAGCCGCUUGCCACCGCCACCACUGCUUUUGGCUUCUCCCUGGCCCACAAAGCAUUCAUCUGUAGCUCUAAUGUAAGUUCGGAAUUGGACUGCUCUUUUGAGGAUUCUGAAGGCUUUAAGGAAGCAGGUCCUCGUAAACGCUUAAAGCCAGAGUCAUGCAAUACAUCUGGAUCUAAAGCAUGUCGAGAGAAGUUUCGCAGAGACCGACUAAAUGAGAGGUUCCUGGAACUGAGGUCUAUCCUUGAGCCAGGCAAGCCACCAAAAACAGACAAAUGUGCUAUUUUAUGCGAUGCCAUUCAAAUGGUAACUCAGCUUCGUCUUGAAGCUCAGCAGCUGAAGGAGUCAAACAAGGAUUUGUUGGAAAAAAUCAAAGAGUUGAAGGUUGAGAAGAAUGAGCUACGUGAUGAGAAACUGAGACUUAAGGCCAGUAAGGAGAAGCUUGAACUGCAAAUUAAAGCUUCGGCUGCACAACCCGCGUUGUUAGCCCAUCACUCUGCAAUGGGAGUUGCAUUUGCAAAGGAAGCAGGGAACAAGUUAGUGCCCUUCUUUGGUUAUCCUGGUGUUGCCAUGUGGCAGUUCAUGCAACCUGCUGUGGUUGACACGUCCCAGGAUCACGUGCUUCGCCCUCCUGUUGCAUAAGCCGGAGAAGCCAAUUGUGGCAUGGCUCGGGAAAAUGUUGAUGUACAGCAGCUGUAUAAUUGUGUGUAUCUCUUUUGAAAGGAUGUGAUGUGAAUAAGAAACUGGUAUCUGCUCUUUCGCUUACUGUUUGAACUAAGCCAGGUGUAUUCGGUUCCUGCAGUAGAAUUUGCCCUUCUUGUUUGAAUGUCAAGAAAUAAUAAACCCUUUUGUAAUAAAAGACAGCAUUUUUCUUCAUAA